ACAGAGUCACAGAGAAUAGCCGUUUUCUCUGCCGAACAGACUGAUCGAUAUCAUCAUGAAUAUUCAAUUAGGCAAGUCACGUGCUUCCCAAGUGGUAGUUUUCAAAGUGGUUCGACCAAUUGGGUAUGACAAGUACUAUUAAGAAUUGAGUUUCCACUGAAAAACCAAAUUUGGCCUCUCACAGUGAAAAGUUGGCGGACAAGUGGGGAUUUUAGCCAUAUCCCAACCGGAUGAAAUAGAAUUAUUAUUUAUAUAUAAUAAUUCACUCUGCUAUGGCUACACUUGCUGAAAUUUCUCCACAAAAUUCUGGUUUUCAUUCGGAGAGCCCGGGAAGCCCUAAUCCGAGGAUGUUGACGGAAAUGAUCAGUAGGAACAAGUUUUUGGAAGCCGCCAUACCUAAGUGUGCGGGAUGUGGAGAACCAAUCCUAGACAGAUUCAUCCUCAAGGUGCUCGACAGAUCAUGGCACUCGAAAUGUUUGCAAUGCUCAGAUUGCCACAGUCAACUCAGUGAUAAGUGUUUCUCCAAAGGGGAUAAAGUCUACUGUAAAGAUGAUUUCUUCAGACGGUUUGGUACGAAAUGUGCGGGAUGUGAGAAGGGGAUACCGCCGACAGAAGUGGUUCGGCGGGCGCAGGAUAACGUCUACCACCUUGAGUGUUUCGCAUGCCUCAUGUGCAGUCGACAACUUAACACAGGCGACGAAUUCUACCUGAUGGAAGACCGCAAACUUGUCUGUAAACCGGACUACGAGGCGGCCAAAGCCAGAGAAAUUGACCUAGAUGCUGCCAACAAACGCCCACGAACCACCAUCACGGCGAAACAACUUGAAGCCCUAAAGACUGCAUAUAACGAAAGUCCGAAACCUGCUCGGCAUGUGCGAGAACAGCUGAGUGCUGAAACUGGACUGGACAUGCGUGUUGUACAAGUCUGGUUCCAGAACCGUCGAGCUAAAGAAAAACGUCUGAAGAAGGAUGCUGGACGAAACAGAUGGAGCCCGUACUUCCGGCAGUUAAAACGUUCAGGAGACGCAGACAGUUCACAGAGUGCGGACAAUAUGUCAGACGAUGGACAGCUCGACGGAUAUAGUGAGUAUGACUUAGACGACUUAGAUGGCCCUGUAUCGUCUGGGCGACUUUCGGGAGACAUGUUCAGUACAGGCCAACCACUCGAUCGUGAGCCCAGUAUCGGCCAGGUGCCCGUUGGCCCACCGGGAACUCCACCAAUGGAAUCCUGGUCCCAAUUCAGUACCAACAUUCCGCCCAACGCUAGCUACCUCGGUCGUCACUCACCGAAUAUACCCCUGUCAAACUCACACAUGAUGCCGAUGGAACCAAUUCCAAUGCACGGUGGACCCAACGUGUUGAGGAUGAUUUCGCCAGACAUAAAUGAAAACUCUCAAGGAUACACGGAUUAUCCAGUGGUAACAAGUCAUAGCCAUGUGGAGGUUUACUGACAGACAGCCUCGAUAUCAAAAAAUAUAUAUUAUCAUUUACAAGUUGGAGUAUGACCAGUGUUAUUCUCAGUGAUAGAUUAAAAGGAACAGAGGUGUCUUAUACUUGCGUUUAACUGGAAUAUUGAGAACACAGUUUCCUGUCAUGAAGAACAACACAAUUAACCAGUGUCCAUAUCAUAUGAACGCAAAAAGCAGUGUUUGUGAUUAAAGCUCUGGGAUUCCAUAGUAUGACCAGGCAUGCAACACAUACAUGGAUGAAUGUCUAUGACAAAAUAAAUAAGGAAAUGCCGAUAUAUUAUUAGAGUUCUGAAGCAGUUACUGGUGGGCAUCCUCAUUCGUAUAAUACUUCAAAAAAUGUCAUUCGUAACAGUUCACUCACGUAUUGCAGAGAAAACAGGAAAAAGAUACCACGUAUGGAAAGUCUGACUUAAAAUACUUUCAGGUAUGGAUAGAAAAAAUAAAAAUAAAAGUGAGAUUAAUUAAGAAUAGACAAACACCUGUACAUCCAAUGCAGGUUGCGAAACGUCGGAACAGGUAGAAUUCGCCCUUAGAGUGACUUGCUGGGACGAACGCGUGUGCAUUGAGGUUUUUUCCUCGUGAGAUAAGAGCUGCAGAGAUUAUAUCUAUAUUAAUUGUAUGGACAAAGUUAUAUAAAUAUAUAUUAUUGAAGUAGUGUGUGCUAGAUGGAUACAUAUUUUCGUAUAUAAGGUUACUAAGAAAUAUGCUGUUUUCACCAAUUUUUCUUUUCCUUCCUCUGCUCAAUCACCUGUUUUAUUUCUUAAACCAUGAUGACAAGCCAUUGCAAGUAUAUUGCAAUGUCUUCUUAAUUACAUAAGUGAACACUGAUUUCAGAAUCAAUGAUAUAAUGCAAGCAGCACUGAGAGUAUAUAUAAGACAACGUUUUCAUUCCUCGUCAUUUCUGAUAUCAUUAUGUCAUUUGUGGUAUUUGUUCACAGCUAAAUGCAAAUACCACAUUAAUUGAUAUUAUUCAUAUCAUAUCCUGUUAAUUAUGAAUGCUAUUAAUGAAGGUAACUUUUCAUUUCUAUAAACACAAUAACUUUUAUUUUCGAAGAAUUUCUAUUAAAACAUACGCUCGAUAACAAUAAGUUUAA